CCUCGGCUGCUCUCCGUGUAUACUCAUCUAUCCACACCGACGUUCAGCCCUUCACCCUCCAAAGUCAUUCUGUGUUUUUCUUUUUGUCCUUGCGCUGCACUUUCCAGGGAUCACUUGGUCAGUCGACCAGUCCAUAACUCUGACGUCUUUGAAUCAUUGGAUUCCUGUGGUGCUGAAGUUCCUGUGGGUGGCGCUCUUUGUCUGUUCUUACAUGGAGGCUGUUUCAGCAGCAGAUUAAUGCCCGUUGGUUUGAUGAGGUGUCCAACAAUCACUUACUGGUGUGAUGUUUGGGUGUCCACUUACUUUGGCGACUGUAGAAGUAUAAACGUAUUUAAAGAAAGCGUAAUAACGAGCCGGACAGUUUUAUGUUCAUGUUAAGAAUCUAUAGCUUGUUCUUGUAGCGGGAAUCCUCCAGUGAACAUAGAGAAGCACAUGUUGCCUUAUUGACGUCUGCGUUUUUAGUUUUGAUUCAGAACAUUACAUCAUUUGUCCUGCUAACUCCGUCUCUGUCUGUCCUCCUUCUCCAUUUUAGUUGUGACAGGAGCCACAGAUGGGAUUGGGAAAGCUUAUGCUGAGGAGCUCGCCCGCAGAGGCUUCUCCAUCGUGCUGAUCAGCCGCUCUCAGGAGAAGCUGGACGACAUGUCCAAGGCGAUCUCGAGCAAAUGCGGCGUGGAGACCAAAACGAUCGCAGCAGACUUCAGCUCUGUAGAUAUCUACUCUAGGAUUGAAGAUGGACUUGCGGGACUGGAGAUCGGAGUAUUGGUGAACAAUGUUGGAACAUCAUAUUCUUACCCCGACUUCUUCCUCAACGUCCCCAAUCUCGACACGUUCAUCGACACCAUAGUCAACAUUAACAUCACGUCCGUGUGCCAGAUGACACGUCUCGUAUUACCUCGAAUGGUUGAGAGGAAGAAGGGGGCCAUCCUCAACAUCUCGUCUGCCAGCGGGAUGUACCCUGUUCCUCUGCUCACCGUCUACUCCGCCUCCAAGGCAUUUGUGGACUUCUUUUCUCGAGGACUGCAAGCUGAAUACAAAAACAACGGCAUCAUCAUCCAGAGUGUUCUGCCAUUUUUUGUCGCAACCAAGCUGAGUAAAAUCCGGCGGCCCACGCUGGACAAGCCCAGUCCCGAGCGGUACGUUUCAGCCGAGCUCCAUACCGUGGGGCUGCAGACCCAGACCAAUGGCUACCUGCCCCAUGCCAUUUUGGGCUGGGUGACUACUGCUCUGCUCCCUGCCAGGAUCCUCAACAGCUAUGUGAUGGGGGUGUGUUUGUCUCAGCGAGCUCACUACCUUAAGAAGCAGAAGCAGGGUUAGACGGAUCUGCUUGGCGGCCGGGGACGGAGGGGACCAACUGUGUUAACGACUCGCCCCGACUUGCCGCCUUGGCGGGACCGUAGAAAGAGAAAAUGUGACAGUUUCUGGGCAACGCCUCGGUCUCCCUCCCCUCCCGAUAACUCCCAGUCAUGCCGCCGUCACGUGUGUUCAAUCCGAGCGGUUCUGUGAAAAAUACCGAACAAAGUGGCGCUCCUCAUCGGAGUGAUCGGCUUUAACGAAGGGAACGCUAAUGUGGAAACUAAAAAGAAUUCCCCAAACCACCCGUCUGUCUGCGAAACGUGAUUUUUAAAAAUGAAGCCUGGAUGGUGAGGGGAGAGGUGCAGAUCAUUUGGACGUGAGGGUGGAGGCCUCCGUGUAUGUGGGUCGUCUUUCAUCUCUGUUUACUCGCUUAAAGCUGUUCAGUAGAACACUGCAGGUGGUAUUUACUUACUGUUAACACUUUCUGCAGCACUUGAACAAUACUUAAUUAGAUUUAAAAGGCGGAAAUGGGUGUUUUUGUGACAUUAAUAGCUUCCUUUUUUAUUUCUUGAGCACCAAAAUCAUUGAAGGUCUCUUGUUUGCUUUUUUCAUCUUAACUUUUUCUCGGGGGCGUUGACGGGGCGGUGACGGGUCCACAUGUUUAAUUUCACCAAACCACAUUUCAUCUGUGGAACAUUUAGGAGGAGGAGGCUCUGCAGAUGAAUGACCAGCACAGACGGAGAUGCUUUGCUGGAAUAUGAAAAUGUGCGCUUUGUUCACAAACUAAAUAGAUUUCCUUCUUUAAAACCGUUGUCAUUGUUUGGCACGAUUUUCUAUCCUGAGGUCCUUAAAGUUCCAAACCAGAACACCUGGAAAACUGAAUUGCAUUUUGUUCUCAAUAAAUUGGGAUAACUUCAGUCAUCUGUCUGCUGUCUUCUUUUGCUCGGUUUCACCUUUCUUGUCACCUGCGUUUUGAAUCACAUGGCUGCAAGAUUUAGAGCCUGGAAGGGAACACGUAUUAGCCGAUAUUAUGCUGAAGUUAUUGAAAGGCCUGAUAAGAGAACAGUUCAGGUUUUUAUUUCCUAACGAGGAAAUAUGGGAGUUUGGAGUCAGACAUCGCAUGUAAAAGUAUCUGUAAAUCUCCUAAUGUGUAUCUCUGUCUGAUACCAUCAAACUCCAAAAUCGACAGUCUUGUGUGUAAUACAAACGCCUCAUACAUACACACACACACACACACACUGUUACUGAUCAGCUCAUAUAACUCCCUCGAGUGGUUUGUGCCAUUAUUCAUCAUCUUCACAGUCCAUGCAAAUGUGUUGCCUUCUCCUUCUCUGCCUCUUCCCUCCCCAACCUCGCCGUCCGGUUCCCAUGCCAACACUUUCUGGGAGAUGAUUCCGGUGCACCGGUAUGGAAGCUGCGGAAGUGUGUCAUCGCUGAGAAUGUAGGAGGGGGGAGUGGAGCUGUUUGUGUGCGUGUGUGUGGAGGGAUGCCCAAAGGAAGAAGCGAGUGGGAGUGCGUAGAGAUGUAUAUAAAGAGUCCACGGCACACUCUGACUCGCACUCACUCACUGUGAUUUCACAGCAGAGCUCCAGAGCGAAGGGCAGCAGCAACAGGAUCUCUCAAAUCAUCUCAUCAAGCAGAACCUCCAGGACUGAAUAUUAAACGGCUCUCACUCAUUUCAGUAUUUCAUAUUUGAAGAAUUUAUUUAUUUUUUUUCUUCUUAAUCAUCUCCACCAAAAACUUGUGGAAACGGCUGAUCAGAUGCACCAGAAUUUGUUAACAAAGAGGCUUUAAGAUCCCACGACGCUUCUACUCUCGAGCCUCGCCGUCAGCACCCCACGUCAUCCUCUCAUUUGGGCCACCGUUCACCAUGGCGACCAGCAUGGACACGCUCCCUGCCCAUCUGCUGCCUUUGGUGAUGGAGGAGUUCCCCCAGUCCCUGGCCACAGCUUGUGUCUGCAGGGCCGGACAACGCGAGCCCCGCCUCCGCUGCGUGCAGUGUGGCAUCAUCGAGGAGGAGGAGGAGGACUGCUCCACCCUGGAGGAGGACCAAGCCCUGCGGUCCUUCCUGCAGACCGUGGAGAGCCUGAGGAGGAGCACCAGAUGAGCUCCUCAAGAGGAGCGUUUGUUCAUCGCUGUGACAUGUUUGACCUAUUUGGCUUCCCUGCAAAAAAAAAAAAAUAAUCAGUUUUUGAGACCAACGGAUGUCGACAGUAUUUUACGGGUGCAGACUGUGCUGAAUUUAAACCCGUGUCUGCGGUGAAGUUUUUGGUAAAACAACGUCACCACUGGUGGACGAGACCGCACCGAGUCAAGACAGUAAAGACUUGUGAUGGAGCUGGUCAAAAGAUACUUAAAAAAAACUUUAUCUUUAUUUUCAAAGUAAAUAUGCUUAGUUGUGUAGUGGUUUUCUGCAAAGCUUUACUUUCACAAUGCAAAGUUGUACACAUUGCCUGCUGCUAAGAUUUUGAAAUGAAUCAUAAAGCUGUUCUAAUAUG